UCGCAUCCGGUUCGUGCGUCGACAGAGAAACAACAAGGAGAAAUAAAAAAAUAAAAAAAAAUCACACACCAGACGCCGAGAUUUUAAAUCAGUUUUUACUUAUUAGUUUUUAAACGUAAUUACGUGUUAGUUUAUAUGUAAUUCUUAGUCACGAGUUCAGUCCUCUGAGGUUGUUUAUAAUAGUAUUCGAAGAGCAGUUUUGAUGGUUGGAUCCAUUUUAUUUACCGGGAUUAAGUGCAGUUUUUAACGGGAUUUAAUCGGCUCAGGUAUCACAUGCUCUCUUGUGUUGAAGAUUACCAGUGAGUAUAGGUAUAUUUUAACAGUAGCGUCUAUUUUGAAUUUGUUCUGUUGGUGAUGGCCACAUCGGCCCUGUACGCCUGCACCAAGUGUAACCAGCGGUUCCCGUUCGAGGAGUUGUCGCAGGGCCAGCAGCUCUGCAAGGAGUGUCGCAUCGCACAUCCUAUUGUCAAAUGCACCUACUGCAGGUCAGAGUUUCAGCAGGAGAGCAAAACCAACACUAUCUGUAAGAAAUGUGCACAAAAUGUCAAACAGUUUGGGACGCCGAAGCCAUGUCAGUACUGUAACAUCAUUGCUGCUUUCAUUGGGACCAAAUGUCAGCGCUGCACCAACUCUGAGAAGAAGUAUGGCCCUCCACAGACCUGCGAACAGUGCAAGCAGCAGUGUGCCUUCGACAGGAAGGACGAAGGAAGGAGAAAGGUGGAUGGGAAGCUCUUGUGUUGGCUCUGCACACUGUCGUAUCGUCGCGUUUUACAGAAAACAAAAGAGCAGCGCAAAGGCCUUGGCUCCUCCCACUCCAAUUCUACCCUCAGCGAGAAAGAACAUCAGAGACACCAUCAUCAUCAUCCGCACCACAGACACAGUUCACAUCACAAAAUAAGUGGUACUUUAAGUCCAGAGCAGGAUCAAGGACUGUGGAAGCAGAGUAUUCAAAAGGAAACACCAAAGAAAAAACCUAAACUAGAGACAAAGCCAUCCAAUGGAGACAGUAGUUCAAUCACUCAGUCAAUGGAUUCUGGUGGCACAGAUAACUUCAUCUUGAUUAGCCAGCUGAAAGAGGAAGUGAUGUCACUAAAGCGGAUGCUCCAGCAGAGAGACCAGACCAUCUUGGAGAAGGACAGGAAGUUAACAGAGCUGAAGGCAGAUUUUCAGUAUCAGGAGUCAAAUAUGCGAGUAAAGAUGAACAAUAUGGAGAAAGCACACAAAGAGGCCAUGGAGCAACAACAGGCGAAAAACAGAGAGCUGAUGAAACAGGUUGCUGCACUCUCGAAAGGCAAGAAGUUCGACCGCAGUAGCAGCUCACUGCUGCUACCAUAGCAAAGACCUCAUGCCAUGACAUGACCCCUUGUCCCAAUGUGUCAUUACUGUGAGGAAGUUUCACCUGCCAUUUCUCACAGAUUAUCUGUUUUAUUCUUCUGAUGUCGUCACAUAUGCAAAUAUCUCCAAUUAUUAUUUUUUUGUUUUUUUACUUUAUUUUGCUGUUUUCAGCUGUUUUAGUAAUCACACAUUUACUAAAGAUACAUGCAGUAACUGUAUGGUGCUGUUUCAGGAGCUGAACCCAGCCUCAGAUCUCAUAUGCAAAACAUUUCAGAACUUUUCAAAACUGACUGAAUGCAAGCAGAAGAGCCCUCGGCACACGUUUGGAAAUAUAUAAUGAAUUAAACAUGAGUUGGAUAUACUGAACAAUUUUUUUAUAGAUGCUCAUUUUGUCUCUUUCUCUCCUUUUCUCUCAUACUUUCUCACUUGCUCAUGGAAAGACUGUAUUACUUAGCAUGUCUUGCUGCCUGGUAAACUGUGUUUUUUUUUUUGUUUGUUUGUUUUUUGUAUAUUAAAUGAUUAUGUUUGGCUUUGUAAUAGUGAUAUUUCAGAGGUGAAUUCUGCAGGCCUGUAUGAGAUGCUGCUGUUGUAGUGAGUGAGGCUUUCUUAUCUGUCUCUCCUUCCUCCUGUGCAUUCUCAUCUUUCUACUGUCAGACACUUUUGUACUUUUUUUUUCUGCAACACAGAUGUUUCAGGAAUAUUAAAGCUAGUAAAUCUUCAGAGUA